UUUGCACCUGGGAAGUUGAUCGCUCUUUCUCCUUUUGUUCCCUCCUGGUCCUUUUAUUUUUUUCCUGCUUGGGAUCUGAUGCAUCCUUCUCUUUCUCUCUCUUCAUUUUUCUAAUCUCCAGGCUGAGGUAUAAUACACUUCAAAAGUGGGACUCUUUCCGCAACCUGCCAUCUGAAUUGUUCCCAUGCCAUCUGAUUUCUCUCAUCUUCUACUUUCCCCUUUGGUCUCUUGACUACCCAAAUCACAUUAGAAUAGUACCGACUCCCAAGAUUGGACGACGGAUGUUCGAAUCGGGACAAACGCACCACUGUACAGGGCACAACUGAACUAAAGCCUUCGGGGUCACCCGUGUUGGCAUGAUGCUCAACUCCAUCCCCAACGUCUACGCCCUAGGGCUUGCCGCAAUAUUCCUUGCCGCCGUCUACAUCUACAGAGAUGUGCGAUGGCGCCGGUUUUCCCAACACGCUGAUUUAGCUCAGCUCAAGCCUUCGUUGUUUUGGGGUCACAUGAAGGCCCUCGGCGAAAGGCUCCGCGAGAAACCCGCUGGAACACACCAUGAUUACGUCUUUGCAGAAAUCCAGCAGGAGCUGGGCAACCCUCCCAUGUUCAACUUUGACAUGAGGCCCUUGGCGCGGCCCAUGGUUGUGAUUGCAAACCAUGAACUUGCUGAGCAGGCUAGUCGCGCCUCGAAGACUUUCCCGUGGUCGACACACAAGUCGCCCAGUUUGCAUGAGAUUUCGCCGCUCACCGGAGAGAACUCGUUGCUGGCCAAGGAGGGCGAAGAGUGGAAGGCUCUGAGGCGGAGAUUCAACCCAGGAUUUGCGCCCAAGCACCUCCUCAGCCUACUCCCUUGCAUCCUGGACAAGACACAGUACUUUAUCGACCACCUCGACCGGCUAGCAAGGUCGGGAGACGAGUUCCUGUUCAACGAGCUCACCACCAACCUUACGUUUGACAUAAUCGGCGCCGUCGUCCUCGAUGUCGACCUCGAUGCCCAGAGGGGUAAGAGCGAGCUGGUCAAUGCCUUCCAGGCCAUGACCAAGACCUUUCUGGAUCCCUCGCCUCCUGGCUUUGCCAGAUUCUUCCUGCGUCAAAGGUUCAUCCGUUGGCGCCUCCGCCAGCGCAUGGAAACCGUUCUCAGGCGAUACAUUAUAGAUUGCCACGAGAAGCAGAACCAAGCCCAAGGCAGCAUCGGCCAGUCACGCAGUGUUCUGUCGCUCAGCCUGGAAGGCUUGGAGACGCUGGAUGAAUCUCUUAUUUCUAUGAUAAGCGACCAGAUGAAAACCUUCCUGUUUGCCGGGCACGACACCACCAGCAUCGCGCUUCAGUGGGCCAUGUACGAGCUCGCGCGCACGCCGAGGGCUCUUGCAGCUAUCCGGGCCGAACUAGACGAAAUCUUUGGGCCAGACACGAAUCCUGCCACCGUGAGGGACCAGCUCCUGGGCCCUUCCCGCGAGGAACUCUACGCACGGUUGCAAUACACAUCGGCUGUCAUGAAGGAGACGCUUCGUCUUCACCCGCCUGCCGGAAGCGGUAGGUUUGCCCCCAAGGGCAGCAACUUCCGAUUCACGAUGCCCGACGGCCAGGGCAUGUCCCCUGUCAUGGACAACAAGAUCCUGUAUCUUUGCCACUACCUGAUACAACGCGACCCGGCGGUUUACGGCGAGACGGCUAGCGUCUUUGAGCCGGAACGAUGGCUCGGAAACACGGAUACGUCAAUGGCGGGCGGUGGUGACCUGAAUGAUGCCGCCCCCGGCCUAGCGGGAGAGAAGCACGCCAUCCCGGCAUCGGCCUGGCGCCCAUUCGAGCGUGGUCAGAGAAACUGCAUCGGACAGGAGCUUGCCAACAUCGAGAUGAGGGUCAUCCUCGCUUGCACCGUGCGCAGGUUCGACUUUGAGAAAGUCGGCUUGGGCGAGCUUUUGAGGGACGAGAAGGGGAACUUUGUGAUGGAUACGUAUGGGCAGUAUAAGACUGUCAACUUGCUUUACAACGCGCGCCAAGUGCAGCAGAAUUUACUCGAGGAUACCAUAUUUGACGAUUAA